AUGGAUAUGCUGCAUUCCGGGACUUAUCCACAAGAGCAGGAAUCGGUGCUGGGCUUGGACCCUUUGUCCAUCUCGUCAGGCAACAUCCAGUCGUCGAUUGUCAAGCCAGGAGAAGGGAUCGAGAACCAGCGGCCUCAUUCAUCAGCAGACUUGAAAGAUGAGUUGACAACGAAGCCAUCUCUGCACCAGCUUCCUCUCCCCACAGCAUCAUUAUUUUCGAACGAUGUCCCAAUCCACCCAUUUGAACAGAAGCCACAGAUCCAAGACCAACUCCACCCUUUCAAGCGCCGUCGUCAUGUCCCCGGUCAUGUUCGGUCGUUCGAGUACCUUAAGAAUGAAAAAUACCAGAGCUAUCGAAGACGUCCGAGGCAGGAUUUCGGUCGCGAUGACAAACCCAUAUGGCCCUUGCACAUUGAGGAUGCUUUUCAAGAGGGUAACUUCACGGUUUUCAUCUUCCCCGUUAUUAUUCUGACCGCGAUAGCAAUCCAAUGCAUCAAACCAAUGGGUCGCAAGAAAUGGUCCCAGGGCGGAAGACUAAACGGCCGCAAUAUGCUCAUUUCAGAAUAUAUCUGGCACAGGACGGGCGAAAGACGCACCCGAAAACAAGUCUCAAGCCACAUCCAAGUGCUUGAUAGGUUUCUGAGGUAUGAACCAGAAUGGGUCCGCCUGAACAAGGUCCCUGGCGAUCAGAAGAAUGGCUCCCAAUCUCAAGCAAAGGGACAUAAAUUCCAUCAUCAUUCCCUAGAGCACAUGGACACAAACCCCCACAAAAUGAUGGGAGGAUUUAACCAGUUGCCGCGGCACCAUCAAGGAUUCGUCAAAGAGGAACCUUGGGAUGACAAUGACACGUUCUCCGACAGCAGCGUCCCCGUCUUUUUCCUGGCGAGCUACUUCGUGCAACAGAUGCAUUUCGAAGCGCGGGUCCUCCCGCCACCCAACGAUUCGAAUCAGAAUCGUACGCUACACCAAUAUACUCAACUAUCAUCCCGCAGGACCAGACCAAAAUCACUCCCUCUCGACACACUCGAUAACUGGCGUGAAUCGUUUCCAAGGCUGCACAUGACAAUAGAAGAACUCUGCACGUCGAACCCGUGCGAGAUCAUCCUGCUGAAUUCUGCGUUUCACUUGAUGGACGACUUCCCCCCCAGACACUCCAAACUCGGAAUCACCCUAGACCUUGAUUUCCAGUGCCACGACUGGCCGGAAAUGCAACAUGACCGAGAAGCCAAGCGCUGGACAGUUGCCACGCAUAUAUACCAGAAGGGUGCGCUCCUGGUCCCGCCUAGUCACGAGGAAUGCUAUGGCUCGGCAGAAGGCCUGGUUAAGCCUUUCUUCCAAUCGGCCUGGUGGGCGUCCACGCUCACGGCGCUGACGGACGAGAAGAAGAUGGCCAAAGACUCCAAGGACUCUGCGGCGAUAAAGCUGGCAAAUGACCGCUCUCGCGAGUUCUUCGCCGGUCUGACGAUCAUGCAGGAAAUCUUUGCAUUGAGGUACACCAUUGGCGAGAACUUGAAUACAAAAAAGCAGAAGCCUCGAAGAGCGGCGAUAUUGCUGUGGAAGUUCACGCAGGCGGCGCCCUCUUCGGCGGCGAGUACGACGUGGCAGCCUCUCACGCUACCAGAACCUGUAGGUGAGCCGAAUGGUAAUAGUCCGAAGAUGUCUGCGUCCGCUAUGGAAUUACCUGCCCUGCCGAUGGAUACCAUGGUCGAUUACGUUGAAUCUAUCGAGGACGACAGUGCCUCGCACCUUCACCAAGAAUUUACUUUCGACAUGCUCCCAUUGGCAAUGGACCAGGAGCUCUGCCAAGAUGGUCAUAUGGCAUUCCAUUAUCCGCACACGACACAAGUCGACCAAACGGAAUCUUCCUUCCAUAUCCCGAUGGCGCACGAAUACAUGGCGAACAAUAACUUCAGUCCUGCACAGGGUAUCUUCGGCUUCUCACAUGCUGACCACCAUCCAAUGACGGCAUCCCAUGCCGUCGAAUCUGGGAAUAUCUUUGAACUUCCUCAGCUAUCCGGACAGGACGGAGGAGACCACAGCCUGAAGUAUGCCAACCAAGGCUCACUGGACGCAGACUGUUGCAGUACCGGCCAGAUUCUGCAAACGCAUCAAGCACUGCAGGAUCACCUAGGCCAAGAUGAAUCCCUGAACACAGCAUCGUCCCAAUCAUCGUUUCUCAAGCCAGAGGCAGACAGCCAGUCUGACAAGCCAGAGCUCCAGCAUUGGGAUCAUUUGAGUCAGGAGGAUAUCCACGUUCUGCAGUUUCUUGCCGAUGAUCAGCAGCGGAAGAGGAAGAGGAGCAUGGAUAAGCCCUGGCCACAGCUAGCAGAGGACGAGGAAGUUUUAAAGAUCGCAUUGCUCGCUGCUUCGGGGGAUUCUGAACGUCGCCUGCAAGCACCUGGUGGACUCGGCUAUCGCCAUCAGGCGCAAGAGCGUCACGAAGCUGAACCUCACUGGAUGUCCCCACUGGCCAUUCGUCCACCUAUCCAGACACAUCACAGCUUUCAUGUGCUGAGCCGUACGGUAUCAGACUCCGAGGCCGGUCAUACUGACACCUUCCAGCACACCCACGACAUGGCAGAUGAGGCGUCAUGCGUGGACACUUACAUUGCAGGACAAGAUGAGCACCCGUUCUCUGCGAACUUUCUGGCAGGCAAUCCGGAACUUGAGGGUAAUUUUGGCGGUCGAGGGUUGCCACGCGCACACAGCGAGUCUGAUUUAUAUGUUCACGUUGGCGGUUUUUUAUUGCCAGGCACGGUACCUCCGCUCCCCACAUACACUCUCGGCGCGGAAGAGUCAACGCCUAGUCUGCAUGCGCUUGCUGGCGACGGGAACGAUGGUGAGGUUUCGGUAGUAGCAAUGUCUGCGGACCUGAAUAUUCCCGUACGAUCCCAGCCCCAGCCUAUCGAGGAGAACGGUCUGGGAGGUAGCUUCGUCGAUGUGUUUGGAAACGAGGCACAAGAAUAGACGUUCCGGGCUGAUGUCGCCGGUGUGAUAGUAGGGGUUGCAGUGAAGCCGGCGACUUUAUGUGAUGCGAGGAUGGAACGUUCUGCUUUGAUAUCGAGGCAAAUGGUACCAAUAAGGCGUCUUGG